AUGACCAUAUUAAUUGGUUAUUGGGCCUUAAAAUGGUUCUUGGAGAGGUUAAAGGUCGAGCAUUAUGGUGGAAAGUACGUCUUAGUAACUGGAUGUGAUUCAGGAUUUGGACAUCUUUUAGCGAAAAGAUUAGAUGGUUUAGGUCUUCAUGUUAUUGCUGCCUGUCUGAAACAAGAUGCUGCAGCUGAAUUGAAGAAAUCAUCAGGAGAGGUAUACCACCAGGAUAUUAAAGUGAGCAUCUUGGAACCAGAAACUUUUAAAACAAAUAUAAUAAAUCCAACGAUGAUCAAUGACAUUUAUCAGAGAGCAUUCAAGCAUGGAGAUGUUGAUUGUCAACAGUUUUAUGGCGAGAAUUUUUUCAAAGAUUGCAUCAACGACCUGAUCAGAGAUUCCAGUGUUCACGGGAACAUCAAUAUGGUGAUAGAUGCCUACGAACAUGCCAUUACUGCCAGAUACCCCAAAUGCAGAUAUAUUUGUGGGAACAAAGAGAAAUACUUCUUAAGAUUUCUAUGGACUAUUCCAGAAUGGAUUUACAUAGAUAUAUCAGUAUCAAAUCAAUAG